ACUGCCGUCAUGGGGCCGUAGUGCAGUUUAGACGGGCGACAGCUGGAACUAGACCCUCCGUCUUUUGAAAGCGCAUUUCUCACUAUUGAUUCCUUUUAAAGGGAUACAUUAUGUUUGCCGAAAUAAUCACGUUGGGUGCAUGCAUUUUACCACUACAACCUCAGUAAAUUCAGCUGUAUUUCCAUAACCAAUUCUGUCGGAUCGUAACGUCAGUUCCGGUGCGUUCAGUCGGGGCUUUCGCGAGGCGAGAUGGCGGCGCCAGAGGAACUGGAAUUAUCCCAGGAACAGACAGAGAAACUCCUGCAGUUUCAGGACCUGACAGGCAUUGAGUCAAUGGACCAAUGCCGGCGCACGUUAGAGCAACACAAUUGGAAUAUUGAGGCAGCUGUACAAGACCGACUAAAUGAAGAGGAAGGAGUGCCCAGCGUGUUUAACCCCCCGCCCUCCAGACCGUUACAAGUCAACACAACAGACCACAGAGUAUAUAGCUAUAUUGUGUCAAGACCACAGCCCAGGGGCCUUUUAGGUUGGGGAUACUAUUUAAUAAUGCUUCCAUUCCGAUUUACGUAUUACACUCUCCUGGACAUAUUCAGGUUUGCGCUGAGGUUCAUCCGGCCAGACCCUCGCGGCCGUGUCACAGACCCUGUGGGUGACGUGGUGUCCUUCAUUCAUAGUUUUGAAGAGAAAUACGGUAGCGUACAUCCAGUGUUCUACCAGGGGACGUACGGCCAGGCGCUGAACGAUGCCAAACGCGAACUGCGCUUUCUGUUAGUUUACCUCCAUGGAGACGACAGCCAGGACACUGACGAAUUCUGCCGUAACACACUCUGCACAGAGGAAGUCAUCACCUUCAUCAACACUAGAAUGCUCUUCUGGGCUUGCUCCACAAACAAGCCUGAAGGAUAUAGAGUGUCCCAGGCCCUCCGAGAGAACAGCCACCCCUUCCUGGCCAUGAUCAUGCUGAAGGACAGGAAGAUGACAGUAGUGGGGAGGUUAGAGGGAGUCAUCCAACCAGAGGACCUCAUCAACCAGCUCACCUUCAUCAUGGAGGCCAACCAGACGUACCUGGUGUCGGAGCGACUCGAAAGAGAGGAGAGGAACCAGACACAGGUGUUGCGGCAGCAGCAGGACCAGGCCUACUUGGCCUCCCUGCGUGCUGACCAGGAGAAAGAAAGGAAGAAGAGGGAGGCGCAGGAGCAGAGGAGGAGAGAGGAGGAGAUGGCAAGGCAGAGCGUCCUGGCCGAGGAGAAGAGGAGGAGGACGCUUGAGGAGGAGAAGGAGCGCAAGUCUGAAUGUCUUCCCCUGGAGCCGCCUGUGGACGACCCCGACAGUGUCAAAAUUGUAUUCAAACUGCCCAAUGACUCCAGAGUGGAGAGGCGAUUCCUUUUCACACAGUCUUUAACAGUAAUACACGACUUCCUGUUUUCCUUGAAAGAAACUCCAGAGAAGUUCCAAAUAGUGACGAACUUCCCACGCCGGAUCCUGCCAUGCCUUCCCACAGAGGACCAGCCCAACCCUCCCACACUGAAAGAGGCGGGGCUUAGCCGCUCCGAGGUACUCUUUGUGCAGGACCUCACGGAUGACUGAUACCAACCAAACCUUCUCCUGUUCAUGUGAAGCAUCUUUUUUGGUUAAUUUUUUUGUCUGUUUGUUUUUUGUUGUUUUUUUUUUUUUGGUUGUCAAAAUGGCCAUUGCGCACAAGGGAUCACUAAAGAAGCUUCAAAAAGCCUUUUUCUUUGUCCCCCUCACUGUCUUUUCUGUCCCCCCCCCCACACCUCUUUUCCCCUGAGGUGCACGUUUGUAUGAGUUCUCAAGUACAUGUGAACUGCCCCUCGCAUAGGUUUUACCAGUAAUGUUUAGGAAUUUGUGAAAAGAAAUAUUUAAAGACUAAAACUGAUGAUGUCCUCUUUCUGUUUUUUUUUUUUAAUCCUAAUUGAAUAUAAAUAUAUUUAUGUUACCAACACAGGAUAUGUGGUAGUAUUAUAUUUGGACCUUGUGGACAAGUAAAGUAACAUGCCACUGAUUUUGUGUGGCCUCAUCCAAAACGGCUUAGUAAACAUCAACCUGUAAUGUUCCUAUAUUGAAAAACGCAUGCCCGUUUAGUCAUUGUAAUGUCUGAAUGGGCCGGCCAUGUUAUGAUGUCAUCAUUUUCCUCCGCCCCUUGACUAUAAAUAUAAACAUUUUAAAACUGUGUGGGUUUUUAAAAACGCAAUUUCUUUUUGGACUCAGGAUGUUUACACUUGUUUGCAGAGGCUGUAAUCCAGUCAGUAUUUUUCUUUACUUUAACAUGUUUUAUGCCAAUAAAAAUGUUUUAUUGGAGCCAAUCGAGGAUCUAAAUUUGAAUAAUUUUGUAGGCACAUGGAAACCAAUAAAGCAGUGGUCACGCAAAUCUCAGCGAGUUCUUAUUGCACUAUA